AUGGCCUUUGACAAUGUAAUGGAUGAUAUUCAUGUUAGUGGUACACCUGAGCUACCUCUUGUACUAAGCCCUAAAUCUCAUGGGUUUAGCAGUGGAAUAAGAGGAAGUCCCAGGUUUAAGGUGAAAGCUCACAAAGGCAGACUGAACCAAUGUCAUGCAGGCAGCAGCAAUGAAGGGAGUAGCAGUGUUCCACCAGUGGGACCAGAUGUUGGACAUGAGCCUAGAAGAAGCAGGAGGAAACUUGUGGUAGAAGAAGAAAUCCCCAAUGAAAAUGACAGUGACAGUGAUAGUGAUGACAGUGAAUGGGAUUCAGACUGGGUAGACUCUGACAAUGAAGUAGGCAAAGAUGAUGAUGAUCUAUAUGAAGAAUGGGUUGAUGAACUGCAGGAGCUACAAGGUUCAGAGCUUGAAGAUAGUGAUUCAGCAGAGGAAGUGGAAGUAGUAGAUGCACAAGGAAGGAAAAAAAUGAAAAAGAAAGUGAAGCUGAAAAGGUGGAGGCCUGAGAACAUGAAAGAAGUCAAUUUUCACAUAGGCAUGGUGUUCUUGUCUGUCAUUGAACUAAGAGCAGCAAUUCAGGAGUACAUUGUGAAGCAAAGAGUGCAAAUUCAUUACAUAAAGAAUGAUAAGCAGAGGAUAAGGGCAGGUUGUGUUGGAGAUUGUCCCUGGUUCUUAUUUGCUGCACCUGACAGCAGGACCAAAGCAUGGGUUGUGAAGAAGUAUGUGGGUGAGCAUACAUGUGAAAGAGAGUGGGCACUCAAGCAAUUUACAGCAAGAUAUUUGGCUGGCAAGUAUGUGGAAACAUUUAGAGCAGAUGAGAAGAUGACACUGCAAAACUUUGGCAGACUUGUUCAAUUGGACUACAACAUGCAACCUACUAGAAGUAAGCUAGCUAGAGCAAGGAGGAUUGCACUAAAGAUAAUUCAUGGAGAUGAACUUGAGCAGUAUAAUUUACUGUGGGACUUUGCAGCUGAAAUCAGAAGAUCAAAUCCUGGCAGUACCAUGCUUGUGCAUGCAAACAAUGGAAAGUUUGAUAACUGCUACAUGUCCUUAGAUGCAUGCAAAAGGGGUUUUCUGCUAGCUUAUAGGCCCAUUAUAUGCAUUGAUGGGUGUCACAUUAAGAACAAGUAUGGUGGAGUGAUGCUGACAGCUGUUGGAGUUGAUCCUAACGAUUGUAUCUUUCCCAUUGCAAUUGCCAUAGUAGAAGUGGAAGAUACUGUCACAUGGAAGUGGUUUUUGAACACAUUGAAGGAGGAUCUGAACAUACAAAACACAGCACCAUGGACAUUGAUGAGUGAUAGGCAGAAGGGCUUGAUCAAUGCUGUCAAUGCAAUGUUUCCUGAUGCACAACAUAGAUUUUGUGUGAGGCAUCUGCAUCAAAACUUUGCAAAAAACUGGAAAGGUGAUGUAUUCAAGAAUAAAUUGUGGCAAAUUGCAAGAGCUACACAUGAGGCAGACUGGAAGAAGUACAUGCAAGAGAUGAAAGAGAAAUACUGUAGCAUUAUCUAA